GGGGGAAAAAAAAACUUUCGCUUUGGAACUCGCGAGCCUGCGGAACACACCUGUCGGUCUCACCUGCGCAGGUGAGCCUACUAUUAAUCCACAUCCGAGGGAAACUUACAUGACCUGCUCGAGCGAGUGUUUCGAGACCGACGACACUUCCUCCCCGCGACUGAAGUGACAGUCGAGGCGACGCGACGGAGCCGGUUUGUACCCGCGAGUCGUCCGCGUCUUCGGAGGAAUGGCUCGUCGCGACUUCCUGGCCUGCUGCGUGUUCACCGCCUGCCUCGUUUCUGGACAGCCUCCUACAUACCAUCUCCUGGGGGAGAAACUCCACCUGAUGCCAGCCGUCGCUGGUCAACAUGACAAUAUUCUGUGGACACAUAAUGGCAACAAAGUGGUGGAGUUUAAUGGCAGGGAGCAACUGGUGUACAGCCCAUAUGAAAACAGGAUCACUCUUGACUGGGCUUCCGCCGAACUAUAUAUCACAGACCUCCGAUAUGAAGACAGCGGAGGAUAUGGAUUGGAAACAUACGCGAACAAGAAGUUUCAUCAGUUUGCUUAUACAUUAGAGGUCAUAGGCAAGGUUUCCAAACCCACCAUAUCCUGUGACAUGAAUAAUGGCAGCUCUGAUACAAGUGGAGCCCAGGCAACGCUGACUUGCGCUGCAGAGCCCACACACCCUCUGUCCUUAAUGAAGUAUGAGUGGGAGUCAAGUGGAAAUGUGUCGCCCGGCCAUGAGUUAACAAUAUUUCUGGAGGAUGAACAUGAUGAUAAAAUAUACAGUUGUAUGGUGAGCAACCCUUUGACAAAUGACACGGCGACAUUCACGCCAAAGAAUUGCUACUCUGAAGAAAGUUCAUCUGUUGCACUGACUGCCAGUCUUAUCGCCAUCUUCAUUAUACUACUACUUGUGGGUUUGGGCAUAUUGUUCUGCAAACUAAAACAUAAAGCAUGUUUUGCUGAUAAUGUGGAAAAACGAGCUGCAACACAAGAUAAAGAGAUGGACCAAGAUGAUGAAUUGAAGCCUCUUUUUGACCGAGCACCCACACUUCCCUCUAAUCAGCGGCUUAGCAAUUUCUCCGAAAUUAAUAGGAAUAUGGAGCCUGAUAUCCCUGCUAACAACCACAAAGAAGACACGGCCAUAAACAUGGACACAGGAGAAGAACACAACAUGAAUGUACAAGAUGAGAUGCCACAACCAGGCACUGUCCGGAAACGUAAAGAGCAAUUUGAACGAAGGACUUUAGGCACAUGGAGAGGUUUAGAGAAGAACUCAGACACGGAUGAGAAAACUGAAUCUCCUCCUUCAUCCCCUCUGGGAAGAAAACUAUCUGUUGGUCAGGACCAGGACAAAGUCUCUGGCAACGACAAAGAUUCAGAUCCAGAUCAGCUCGGACGACCUUCAGAGAAGGCAGAUGAGACGAAACCAGCUGGUGUCUCAGAUGAUAGUGAGGACACACGGUCUGAUGUGGAAUCAUCCACUGCUCAUGAACAACCAGAAUUGGAGAAGAAGAAAGAUGAGAUGAAUCCAGAGCCUGAUAUCCCUGCUAACAACCACAAAGAAGACACGGCCAUAAACAUGGACACAAGAGAAGGUUCAGAGAAGAACUCAGGCACAGAUGAGAAAACUGAAUCUCCUCCUUCAUCCCCUCUGGGAAGAAAACUAUCUGUUGGUCAGGACCAGGACAAAGUCUCUGGCAACGACAAAAGAGAUUCAGAUCACGAUCUGUAUGGAGGACCUUCAGAGAAGGCAGAUCAGACGGACCUGGCUGAUGUCUCAGACGAUAGUGAGGACACACGGUCUGAUGUGGAAUCAUCCACUGCUCAUGAACAACCAGGUUCAGAGAACAACGCAGAGAAGGAUAAGAAAACUGAAUCUCCUCCUUCAUCCCCUCUGGGAAGAAAACUAUCUGUUGGUCAGGACCAGGACAAAGUCUCUGGCAACGACAAAGGAGAUUCAGAUGCAGAUCAGCUCGGAGGACCUUCAGAGAAGGCAGAUGAGACAAACCCGGCUGAUCUCUCAGACGAUAGUGAGGACAAACGGUCUGAUGUGGAAUCAUCCACUGCUCAUGAACAGCCAGAAGCGGAGAAGGAGAAAAAUGAAAAAGCAAAGUCUCCUCCUGCCAAAGGCAUCUCUUCUCCUGCUGCUCAGCCACGUCCACCGUUGACCCCAAAGUCUCCAGAUAUGGGAACUGAAGACACCACUGGUGAACACAAGGAAGAUGACAACUCGGAUCAGGUUAAUAGAUAAACUUCACAGAAAAGUGUCAAAGACUCUUACUCACCAGGGUCAGAGAGAAGCACUGAGUCACACCAAUCUAGUGAGGAGAAACAACCAUCCACUGCGCCAAAACAGAACAGUUCAGGAACUGCUUUAUGUGAAAAAGAUUCCGCCUUUUACAGAAAGAAACACACACAAGAGAAGACGACGAACCAGCGAGGAAGAAGCUUUCUGAAGAUGAACGUGAAUCAGGUCCUGUAAGUGACAGGGAGGACAUUGAAACAAAACAGAAUCUGUCUUCAGACAUCUCUCAGCAGCCUCAGAGCCCCACACAAAAAGAAACAUACAAAACGCUAAUAUUAAUACCUUUGAAGAGUCUCUAAACUCUGCCCACGCAGAACCAGACCACAAACUAGAAAACAAGACCAGGCAAUACUCCGAUGAGCAGGUGGACUGCAGCGCAGCAGAGGAGGAUAAAAGUGAGGAUGAAGGUAAAACCAAUGAGAAAAAUAAGGAGCAGAGUAGCCCCAAAGGAGAAGAGCCUCAGUGAGGAUAAAGAACGACACACAGAAACUGCAGUUUAUGUAAAUACACCGUAGCAGACGGCAAUGUGAUGAGAUCACUACAAAGGUGUAAAUGUGAAGUUAACAGAAUAUGGUGGACUUUCAAAUAAAAGAAGAUUCAAAGACAGAAAAACAUUCAUUUUUGGACUGACAGAAAAUUAUGGAGAGAUUUAUUUUCAGGAAGAGCAAAUGAGAGAAAAAGCAGACAGUUGUGAGGUCGAGGUCCACUGAGAGCCGACAGGUGAUUUGGGACUGUGUCUGUGUCACGACUGUGUCGAGGCACAGGUAUGGGGAAGGCCGCAAAAAAUAGAAUUGUGGAACAACUAGGACUCAUCCUAGCGUCAGAAAUCCCUCCGGAACCAUAAAAGACUUGGGAAUACUUUUAUGAUGCUGCAAAUUUUAACCCCCAUAGAUAUCAGAUCAAUAUCAUGACCAAUUCAUGAUCAGAUAUCUCUUCUCACUCAAAUGUUUUUAGAUCUCUAGAUUCAUUUGUUUGCACUGAUUAUUUAUUAAUUGUUUGUGAUUUUUUUUUUUUUUUUAAAUGAUUGUACAGCCAUGGUGCUUGGGUUUUAUUAACAUUUCUUUUGCGGGAAUUUUCGCUGAUAUUUCGGAAAACCUUAACUGCGUUGACCAGUAAACACAACGCUAAUGUAUAGUAUAUUAUAUACUGGGAAAACUGUGACUUUGAAAUGUAAAAAAGAUGAUUAAAUGAAUUUUAGUAA